AUGAUCAGGAAUGCUAUUUAUUAAUUAAUCAAAACUAUCAUACCUUAGUUUAUGGGAUUCAAUUAUAUAUUAUAAGUAAAUAAAGUACAUUUGCAUAAAGAAGCUACUGAAACACUACAACCAUAUCCGUGCUUCUUUGUGUCUUUCAACAAUCUAUCUGUUUUAUCACUAACUACUAGUUCCUUAUUCUUUCAGAAUUUUUAUGUAACAGUUGAUGAAUUAAGCUUAAAUAAAUUAGAAAAGAGAUCUAAGAAUUAUAGGUUAUUACAAUUAGUAUUGAAUUUAUAUCAAUUCUAAUGUUAGUAUAUGAUGAGAUAAAAUAAAUAUUUUUGUAUUUUAUGGAUAUAAUUGAGAUAGAUUCGUAAAGUAAACUAAUGA